ACAUUGCGUAAAAAAAGAUAGAUAUGCUUAAGCUGGUGAAUCAUCGUUACUACUAAUUAAGCCACAUGUCCCAAUAACAAUAGACAAGCCAGCUGAUUGCAAAAUAUGUCGACCGAUGCGGACGCCGCAACGAAAUGUGCCCGCUUACUGAAAUUCAAGGAAUUUCUAGCCAGGAGCAACAGCAACAACAAAAGUGGUGAACAAAACGCGGCCAACGAAUUGGCCCGCAACGGAAGUUGUGUAACGCGCAGCAGCAACGACACCUACAAAGUCACCGGCGACGAGCGACGUGCCGAAAUUGUUGCCGCCAUUUGGAAACAGCUCAACACACGCGGCUGUCCGCAGGGCUUUCAGUUGAAGCUGCUACAUUCGGCGCGGGAGCAAGUGGAGCACGAGAUACGCCAUGCAAAGGAGUUUGAGACGAAUUUGGACGUUGCGGAGCCACAAUAUGAUCUGCUGAAAUUGCAAAAGUAUGUCGCAACACAGCUGGAUAAGCUGCUACUCACGCUGACGGAUAAUGCUGCGCUGGAAAAGCUACAACUCUAUGCAGAUGAUGGCAUUCUCUGCACGGAGCCUGGCAGCUGUCAGUGCGGAUCAUUGGAUUCCCAGCCGCCGACUUGUAGUGCAGCAGCGAUUAAGAAUAAGCCGCGUAAAAUGGAGGAUCGUCAUGUGUGCCUGGAGCGCUUCGGUGCCAUCUAUCAGCUAAAAAAUCACCCGGAUUGUCGCUUCUUUGGCGUCUUCGAUGGCCAUUCGGGGGCCCUGUCCGCCAGUUAUGUGACCAGUCAGUUGCCCCAGUUGCUGGCUGAGCAGCUGCGACGCGCACCGGAGUCCAUGGAGAGCAAUGCGGAUUUCUAUCGCACAGCUUUUGAGACGGCAUUUCUGCAAGCAGACGAACGGUUUGCGAGAAAACGCAUCACCAGCGGUACCACAGCAGUCUGUGGUCUGAUCACUGACGAUCGUCAGUUGUACAUUGCCUGGGUGGGUGACUCGAAGGCGCUGCUGGUGGGUGAACGUACACAGUUGCAGCUGGUGAAGCCACACAAGCCGGAAGCUGUGGAUGAGCGGCGACGCAUUGAGUUGUGCGGCGGCAGCGUUAUCCAUGCCCAGGGUCAGUGGCGUGUCAAUGGCAUACUGAAUGUGGGUCGUUCCAUUGGCGACUAUUGUCUUGAGGCAGUGAUUGCUGAGCCGGAUUUCGUUGAUGUGCCACUGAGUGAGGCACAUGAUUUUUUGGUCCUUGGCUCGGAUGGAUUGUGGGAUCAUGUGCCCGAGGCUUUUAUCGUGGAUACGGUCUAUGAGUGCCUUGCUGAUCCGCAAACGAAGCUUGAUGACAUUCCCAAACUGCUGGUGGAGGCUGCCAAGGAGCGUGAUUCCCAGGAUAAUAUCACAUGCAUUCUGGUGCUGCUCAAGCCACGUCUGCAAAUUGGCCCGCGUUUAGCCAACUGAGUUUUUUCUUUAUAUUUUUCUUGGGUUGAAUUUGUUAACUGCAUAUUGUUGUCUGUUUUAAUUUUUUUGUUUAUAUAAAUGUAAAUAGGUUUAAGUACGCAUUUCUAGAAUGAUGCCACAAAUCAUCAUCAUUCUCAUAUGUGCCUGUGGCGCCACUUUGGUUGCCUCUCGAAUAAGCUCAAUCACAAUCUAUAUAUAUUUUUUGCAUGCCACCCUUGUCAGAUACAUAUAUAAAUAUAAUAUAUAUAUAUAUAUACACAUCUAUUUACACACAAAAAUACACACACAAAAUUAUCAAUUGUUUAUUGGCAGCUUUUUAAAUGACUCACAGUGCUUCCGCCAAAAAGUUUUAAUUGCUGUAUUAUAUACUAAAGCAAACAUAUAUAUAUAUAGUAUAUACACCUAUAUAUUCUUAUAAUCUGCCCAGUUGACAAGCUAACGAAACUCCAAACAACGAGUGCUUUAUUUUAUGAGCAAUUUUUGAGCAAUAGUAAUAUAUAUAUAUAACAAUAUAACAACAAUUAAAAUUCAACUAAACCUCGAAAAGUUAAGUUAAGCUAAAUAAUUUCUAUUAACCAAUUUCAUAAGCUUUUCUUAAGUGCAGUAUUAGAAAACAGAAUACUUAAGCAACAAGAAAUUUAAGAUGGUUUUCCCAUACCAUAUCCAAAGUUUAGUGAUGUAUAUAUACAUAUAUAUAUAUAAAUCAAAAAUAAGUUUCGCUUUUUAAAUGUAAUACCUAAAACGAUUCUAAUUUUAGAAAUACUUUAACUUGAAAUACCUAAAUAUCCUAAAAAUCUAUCAAACCAAUUCUAGUAAUUUAACGUAACUUUAACAAUACUAUACAAGAACAAAAUACUAGAAUCCAUUUUAUAAGAUCAAACAAUUUUAUCCUUGAACGGUUUGAGUUAUUCUUUCUUUGCCUUAGAGUGUUUGUCAAUUGGGUAUUGCCCCUACAUUUUUACCUAAACAUAUUUACAAGGCGCACACACAAAUCACACCUGCAAUCAGCGUUAUUGUUGAGAUCCCACACAGAUUAAGUACCUUUUUAUACAAAACAAAACAAAAAUAAAUAUUUGAAGCAUUUUAACAAGAACAUUUUUAAAAACAACACAAAAGCAAAUUGUUUACGAAUUUUUUAUUGGAAUAAAGAAAAUCGCAUUAGAAAAAUUAA